UGACAGGGCGAUCAGAGGACAGACGACCACCACAUUGGCACACCACCGAGCCUUGCUCCCAUUCCUGGGACUAAACACGGUUCAAAGUAUUUCUGUACAGGUCCGAGUGCGCCCAUGCAGAACCACAUGAAAUGAAUAAAGCACCACAGCCUAUAACGGGACCCCCCUCUGCCACCCACCCUGCCCCCUCCCCCGGAAUCCAACAGGCCACCUUCCCUCCUGGACAACCCCCUUCUGUUGUCUUUGCCACCCCACCUCCACAAAUGAACACAGCACCACAGCACCGACAGUUUGCCCCCGGGCACCGUGCUUUACACCAACAGGGAGGAUUCAGGUCACUGCAGCCGUACUACAGCCGGCCCAGCAAUGCCCCCCGGGUGCCCCCCAGCAGCACGCCAAGGCCUGUGGCGCCCACACACGUCUACCAGCCGGGCCAACAGAUGAUGAUGAUCCCCUCACAGCAGAUCCCCUUCCCCAACCAACAGGGCCCUGCCUACUUCAUUCCCGGACAGUACCGGUCAACGUACGUGGCCACCCCUCAGCAGUACCCGGUCCCACCGGGCACUCCAGGCUUCUACCCAGGCACCAGCCCAGCUGAAUAUGGUACAUAUGCAGGGGCAUACUACCCGGCCCAACAGCAGUACACGUCCUCCGUGCCAGCUGCUCCGGUCAUCAUGAACCCUCCCCCCCAGCAGCAGCAACCACCUCCACAGCAACAGAUCCAUCCCAAAAGGGAGCGCAAACAGAUCAUAAUACGAGACCCUAACCAGGGUGGUAGAGACAUAACUGAGGAGAUUAUGUCAGGGGGCACCCGCAGUGGCACCACCCCCACACCCCCACAGGUGAGCGACGAUUCUUCAGAGUCGUCUAUAUCUGGAUCAGAGGGCCCAGCCGUUGGCCAGGCCGACGGGGAGAACGUGACACCUGUCGUGGUCAGACCAGAUGACCGAGGGAAUCCUGCAGCCACUCUCAUAACUGGCCCCCCAGCCCUGUCUAAAACCCCUGAACUGGUCAAGACUUACCCUGCCCCAACAGAGGUCAAACUCCCAGACACAAACAUUAAAUCCCCUUCCUUAUCCCAGGACCUACCCACACCCCUGUCGGUAACUACCAGCCACCACACUACUGUCCCUACUACCCCCCAACCCUCAACUAGUUCCAUUGCAGACAUGAUGGACGCUCCAGCCGCUGCUCCAACCCCAUCUGCCCCUGAAGUGCCCGCUUACCCUGCACCCCUGCCUGAACCCCGCCCCACUCCUGCAGCUGAGGAGCAUCCCUCAGCUGCCAAGGAGGAGCGGGAGGAAGUGAAUAUUAAAGAGGAGGUGGCGGAGGCUAGGCAGGAGGUGACUACAUCAUCCAAACCUGAGCCUUCCCUUGCUCCAGUGAUCACCCCUAGGAGCAGCACUAAUGGUAUCUCUGCCACCCAGCCCCCCAGCCAAGGAGGAGGAGCCAGCAGCCCUGUCCAUCAACAUGCCCACCCCCCAGGCAGCAGAACCCCCCCCGGAGUCUCCCAUCGCCCAGCCAGAGGAGCUCAGGCUGCCCAAUGGCCUGCCGCUCCCCAGCCCCAGGACCCUGAGAAGAUGUCUGCGGAGUCGUCCGAGUGUGACGUCAGCCCCAUUGCUGAGCCUGAGGUGGCUCAGUUACUGAGCGAGGCACCCAUGCCUAAACUGACGCAUGUUGCAGUCACAGCAACGCCCGCCCCCGUUGCCCAGGCCACGCCCGCCCCCGUUGCCCAGGCCACGCCCGCCCCCGUUGCCCAGGCCACGCCCGCCCCCGUUGCCCAGGCCACGCCCGCCCCCGUUGCCCAGGCCACGCCCGCCCCCAUUGCCCAGGCACCGCCUGUCCUAGCUGAGACUGCUACUACUACAGUUGUAACUGCUCCCCGUGUAGAAGACGAGAUGGACUCUCCACCACCACAGAGCACCACCCCAGCCGGGGAGAGUUCUAUGCAAGCUGCUGUUUCUGUGCCAAAAAAAAAGAGGAAGAUGAAGGAUCUGAACAAGAAGGAGGCUGUUGGAGACCUCCUAGAUGCCUUUAAGGAGGAGCAGGUAGUGGAGAGCACUCCUGAGCCAGAGCAGGCCACACCCACUUCUGCCUCUGACGCUAAGGAGCCCCGCCCGGCCAACACCCCUGCAGUCGAAGAGGUGGAUGAGACGUGGGAGGAGAAGGAGGACAAACUGGAUGCAGAGAAUAUCGAACCCAAGCCCGAGGAUCUGAAGUACCAAUACAAAGAGGAACUAUGUCGGCCUAUAGACCCAGAGGAGAAGAAGAGGUAUGACAGGGACUUCCUGCUGGGCUUCCAGUUCAUCAGUGCCGCCAUGUCCAAGCCUGAGGGCCUGCCUCAGAUCAGUGACGUGGUGCUGGACAAGGCGAAUAAGGCCCCUCUCCGCCAGCUGGACCCCAGCCGUUUGCCAGGGAUGAACAUGGGCCCCGACUUCACACCGUCGUUUGCCAACCUGGGCAGGCCUGGAAUGGGAGGAGGUGGAGGUGGCCACAGAGGAGGGCCACCCUCUGGUAUGGGUGGUGGAGGACCGCGUCGCUCCCAACAGGGUCAGCGUAAGGAGCCCAGGAGGAUCAUCAACAUCUCUUCGUCUCUGACGGAAGACGUGAAGCUCAACAAGGCUGAGAAGGCCUGGAAGCCCGCUGUCAAGAAGGCUACCAGUGGGCAAGCUGCUCCUGAGGAGGAGAGCGACGACUCGGAACAGGCCAAGACCCAGGAGCUGUUCAAGAGGGUCCGUAGUAUCCUGAACAAGCUGACCCCUCAGAUGUUCCAACAGCUGAUGAAGCAGGUCACAGAGCUGACCAUCGAUACAGAGGAGAGGCUGAAGGGAGUGAUAGAUCUGAUCUUUGAGAAGGCCAUCUCUGAACCCAACUUCUCCGUGGCCUACGCCAACAUGUGCCGCUGCCUUAUUGGGCUCAAAGUCCCCACCACAGACAAGCCGGGAGUCACUGUGAAUUUCCGCAAGCUGCUUCUGAACCGCUGUCAGAAGGAGUUUGAGAAGGACAAGGACGAUGAUGUCAUCUUUGAGAAGAAGCAGAAAGAGCUGGACGCUGCAGCCACGGAGGAGAAGGAUCGCCUGAAGGCAGAGCUGGAGGAGGCCAAAGACAAGGCGCGGCGGCGGUCGCUAGGCAACAUCAAGUUCAUUGGUGAGCUAUUCAAGCUGAAGAUGCUGACGGAGGCCAUCAUGCAUGACUGCAUCGUCAAGCUGCUGAAGAACCACGAUGAGGAGUCACUAGAGUGCCUCUGUAGACUCUUGUCAACUAUAGGCAAGGACCUGGACUUUGAAAAGGCAAAGCCACGUAUGGACCAGUACUUUGCCCAGAUGGACAAGAUCAUCAAGGAGAAGAAGACAUCGUCCAGAAUCCGCUUCAUGCUGCAGGACGUACUGGAUCUCAGGAGGAACACGUGGGUCCCCAGGAGAGGAGAGCAGGGCCCCAAGACCAUAGACCAGAUCCACAAGGAUGCUGAGCUGGAGGAGCACAGGGAGGUUCUCAAGGUGCAGCAGCAACUCCUCAACCAGAACACCCGAGGAGGAGUUGGAGGACGUGGUGGUGGAGGAAGAGAUCAGGGGAGCCGCGGGGGCCAACACCCCCAGACGGGCCAAAGGAGUCAGCCCCAGGACGAGGGCUGGAACACAGUUCCCAUCUCCACCAAGAGCAGACCCAUCGACACCAGCCGACUCAGCAAGAUCACUAAGCCCGGGGCUUUGGACUUCAACAACCAGCUGCUGGCGCCCCAGCUCGGGGGUAAGGGCAUGUGGGGCAGCUGGGGCAAGGGCAGCAGUGGAGGCACCACCGGAGCCAAACCCGCUGGUGAAGCCACCCCAGAGUCAGGAGGCCGCCCAGCCACCAGCACCCUCAACAGGUUCUCAGCAUUGCAGCCACAGCAGCCCUCCUCCUCAGGGCCCUCACAUGACUCGGACAGAAGAGUUCCUCAGAGGAACAGCUCGAGCCGGGACCGUGGCAGCGACAGAUUCGAGCGUCAUGACCGUGGCAGCAACGACCGCUUCGACAGGCGGGAUGACCGGCGAGACGACCGGGACAGGAACCGGCCCCCGGUCACCAAGCGGAGCUUUAGCAGGGAGACGGUGGAGCACAGCAGAGAGAGGGAGCACAGCGGCCCUGCUGAUCCAGUACGCCGUGUAGCCAGCAUGACCGAUGAUCGGAGCAGCAGAGACCGAGCCAGGAGCAAAGACAAUGUGAAGAGGGAAGCUACUCUGACCCCCCCUCCUGCCCAGAACAAACCUGCCUUGAGUGAAGAAAUGCUGGAAAAGAAGUCCACAGCUAUCAUAGAGGAGUACCUACACAUCAACGACAUGAAGGAGGCGCUGCAGUGUGUAGUGGAGAUGAACAGCACCCCGCUGCUCUUUGUAUUUGUACGGAGUGGUCUAGAGUCCACUCUGGAGCGCAGCCCCAUCGUCAGAGAACGCAUGGGCCUGCUGCUACACCAGCUGUACAAGGCAGGGACCCUGCCCAAAGAGCAGUACUACAGAGGGCUUCAGGAGAUACUGGAGGUGGCGGAGGACAUGGCCAUAGACGUCCCCCACAUCUGGCUCUACCUGGCUGAGCUUAUCACCCCUAUGCUUCACGAAGGAGGCAUCCCCAUGGGACAGCUCUUCAAGGAGAUAUCCAAGCCCCUGGUUCCUCAGGGGGCGGCUGGAGUUCUGCUGGUCCAGAUCCUCACCUUACUCUGCAAAGGAAUGAGCCAUAAAAAGGCAGGCGCCAUGUGGAGGGAGGCGGGGCUUAGCUGGAAAGACUUUCUGCCUGAGGACGAGGACGUCAACAAGUUUGUGACAGAAAAGAAUGUGGAGUUCACCCUGGGAGAAGGAGGAGAUGAGACAGAGAAGAGCAGUAAGAAAGAGCUGAGCUCAGAGGAGCUGAACAAACAGCUGGACAGACUCAUACAGGACAAGGCUGACAACCAGAGGAUCUAUGAUUGGGUCGAGGCUAACCUGGACGAGACGCAGAUGUCCUCCAACAUGUUUGUCAGAUCAGUCAUGACAUCCAUCUGCCAGUCAGCCAUCAUCUGUGAGAACCCUUACAAGUUGGAUGCGAAGGUGAUCACCCGGAGGGCCAAGCUGCUCCACAAGUACCUGAAGGAUGAGCAGAAGGAGCUGCAGGCUCUCUACGCCUUGCAGGCCCUCAUGGUGGAGAUGGAGCAGCCUGCCAACCUGCUGCGGAUGUUCUUUGACACGCUGUAUGAUGAGGACGUGAUCAACGAAGAGUCCUUCAACAAGUGGGAGUCCAGCAAGGACCCCGCAGAGAUGCAGGGUAAGGGUGUGGCCCUGAAGUCCGUCACCGCCUUCUUCACCUGGCUCCGUGAGGCCGAGGACGAGGAGUCUGACAACAACAGCUAGGACCUGCUCACCAGCGCCCCCUGAACUCUGGGGAGACCUGGAGGAGGAAAAAGAACAUCCUGUUGAUGAUUCAGGAACAUGGGGCUGUUAGAAUCAACAAAAUCCUUCAGCGUUAAAAAAAAAAAGAAGAGGAAAAAAUAAUCUAGGAGAUUCUACUACGGAUUGAACAUGCAAUCGUUUUCUGUUUUCUUUUCUUCAUUUUUGUUUAUUUUGCUGCCGAAUGUCUUUGAACUAAAUUGAUAAAGUAAUUGCGAGAGCGAUAAGCAUUACAACAAGCUGUAGGGGUGGCUGUUUCCUUCAGUGUUUUGAGGUUUUAUCCCUUGUUUUAAAGGCGUCAUGUUGCCGUAGCAACACUAUUCAUGAUGUUUAGCAAAACAACAAAUUAAAUCCCCAACAGACCGAACUAAUAAAGGCUGCUCAUAUAUAUAUUUUUGAUUACAUCAUAUAUCCUGUUGAAUGAGACAUGAUGGCCAUCAUGUUGAAUGUAUGAUUCUACACGACUCUGUCAGUGAUUUAGCUCUUUCUUUUUGAGUUUAGGAUGAUUGAAGUGUUUCUUUUUUUUUAGAUAAAAGAAAAUAUGUAUAAAGAAAAGUGGACAUGCUGGAGCUCGCUUUCUUUGAACAUUACAGUGUGGACUUCCUGUCUGGUGGAGAGGGACAGUGGGGCAAUGGACAAUGACCUUUUGCUGCUGGGGGUCACAAUGCUUCCUUAUGGCCAUGCUCGCCAACCCCAAUUUGUCCCGUGUUACUUUUUUCCUACACUUCCAAAAACUGUGGGUCUGGAAAGGGAGAACGGGCUUGCAACGAUGUGGAUUUUUAAAAAGAGAAAAUCAUAAUUCAAACUUGAAAGGUCUAUAUAUAAAUCAUCUUUAAAGAAGCAAUUUCAAAAGAGUAUAAAAUUACAUUCACAGUACGUUUCCUAAGGCUUUUUCUGCUUCCGUUUAGUGGAAAUGCAUUUCAGGAGAGUUCUGUAAUAUAUUGCUUUUUUGUUUUUCAAAAAUAAAAAUUCUAAUGUUAUGCCAUGUAUUUUUUUUCUGAAACAAAGUGGCAGUUCUCUGUAUUUAUAUUUUUCUCUCCUCAGCUAGCAGGUGCUUGUAAUGAUCCACCUGAAGUCAUUGAUUACAAUUUAAUUGAAUAUUUUGUAAAUACUUUUUUGCUUUACUUUAUGAAGUAUUUAAUUAAGAAAAUGAAUGCCUCUUUUCAUAUCUAAAACUGGAAAAGAUAAUAAAGAACAUUGCAAAUAAGA